CCGAACCGGACUCAGAUAUUUACGUGGUUUUGGAUCAGAUAGUGCUAGCUCACGAGUCAUAAGCUGCAUGCUAUAUUGAAGAAAAAUAGGGUUUUCUCGCAUAGUCUCUGUCUCGAUGGUUCCCGAUCCAGCGAUGGAAAGAUCCGAUCCUCCUUCACUGAAACGUCAGAAGACGGAGGAAGAAACAACCUGCUAUGAUGGCCGUCCCGAGGAUUUUGAUUCCGACGAGUGCACCGACGAGGACAUGCAACUGUUCGACCAAGAGUUGGAUAAGAUCGGCGGGGGUUAUGAAAUCGACUUCAGGAAAUUUCGCUACUGUUUUGGUUGGAAACCACUGGAUCUGGAUGAUAGCACAAUGGUUGAUGAGCCUGAAACCAACAAAGAUUUUAUCGCUACGUUGGCUAACCUGGCUCUCACUAAGCAUAACGCAGAAAGAGGAACAAGCUUGGAACUGGGCAAGAUUUUGAUUGCCAACUUUCAUCUAUCUUGUGGAUUCUCUUUCUACAUCUCAUUCCAAGUCAAUGAUCCUUCAGAUGGUAAUCAGACAAAACCCUAUCGAGCUGUGGUUCGCUACUUCCCAGGAGAUAUUGAAGUUGUCUCUUGCAAUCCCAAAGGGACAUAAACUCUGCUACGUUGUUUCAUCCUUCACAUUGUUGAAGUUGUCGUGUUUAUGUCCUACAUAUUUAGUGGUCA